AUGGGUCUAUGUGCGCCGGCAAUUAUUCAUCAGUCACCGACAGCCCUCCGUGUCAUCGGAGCUGUGCCCGGAGUGUGGGCUGAAGAUCACCCUGGAGGGUUGGCCAGACUGGCCAUACCCCUUCGAAUAGAAUUAAAGGACGAUUACACCGUAGUUAAUCAAGCCCAGUACCCAAUUCCAGCAGAGGCCCGAAUCUCCAUGCAUGAAAAUUUGGGGAAACUAGUUCAACUUAAGGUCCUGGUGCCGACCACAUCUGCUUGGAAUACCCCCUUAUUACCUGUAAUAAAGCCCAGUUCUGGACCAGUCCCCCUCUAUCGUCCAGUGCAAGACCUCCGAUUGGUGAAUCAGCAAACCAAAGAUAUUGUGGCGGCGGUCGCUAAUCCAUACUCUCUGAUAGGAUUGAUCCCUGGAGGAAGUCAGUGGUAUUCUGUGAUUGAUUUGAAAGACGCUUUCUUCACUAUCCCCUUACACCCCGAUUCUCAAGCAAUCUUUGCUUUUACCUGGGAACAUCCACAGACUGGUCGGAAAAGACAGUUCACCUGGUCACGGUUGCCUCAAGGGUUCAAGAAUUCACCCACCCUGUUUGGCCAGCAACUAGCCAAGGACCUCCAGCAAUUCCAAGAGGAGGUCGGGUUAGUGCUUCAGUACGUAGAUGACUUCCUCCUGCCCCGCCGGACUGAACAAGAAUGCUCCACCGACACGGUCAAAUUACUCAGAUGGCUCCAGAACUGUGGGUACCGUGCUAGUAGGGCCAAAGCUCAAAUAUGUAGCCAAGAAGUCACCUACUUAGGAUUCACGAUCAAGAAGGAUACACGUGUUUUAGGCAGUAGUAGAACCCGGGCUAUUAGUUGCCUGCCCCGGCCUACCAACAAGAAGGAGCUCCGUGUAUUUUUGGGAAUGGCUGGCUACUGUCGUAUUUGGAUUUUAGAUUAUGCUUCUAUGGCUAAACCAUUAUACAACCUGUUAACAGGAAGGAUGCCCGAAUCUCAUCCCAUAAAUUGGACCAGAGAAGAAAUCCAGGCCUUAGAGCGGUUAAAGCAGUCAUUAACUAGCUCACCUGCUUUAGGGUUACCAGACAUUACUAAACCCUUUCAGCUUUUUGUCGAUGAGAGAAAAGGAACCGCUGUGGGAGUUCUCACCCAGCAAGUUGGAACCUGGAACCGACCGGUCGCGUAUCUCAGCAAAAAUAUGGAUCCUGUUAGCCGAGGAUGGCCAGGCUGUCUCCGGAGUAUAGCGGCAGCCUCGCUUCUCUUGACAGAAGCUGUCAAACUGACGUACGGCCAAAUUAUAGAAGUGACUGCAUCCCAUUCUAUCCAAUCUUUACUAGAAGUGCAUGGGCCUAAAUGGAUGACCAACUCUCGCUUGGUAAAAUAUCAAGCCCAGCUAUGUGAGAAUCCCAAUAUAAUUGUAAGGGACCGAGCGACCCUGAAUCCGGCUACCCUGAUGCCCCUGCCUGGACGGUUAAUACACCAGUGUGAUGAAAUUAUGUCAACCGUACAUUCCAGCCGACCAGAUUUGAAGGAUGUGCCAAUCCCUGGGGGAAUCGUAUUGUUUACUGAUGGAAGCAGCUCUAUCAUAAAUGGAGUCCGGCAUGCAGGGUAUGCUGUGGUCACUGAAGAUCAAAUCCUAAUGGCUAAACCUCUGCCACCUGGUACGUCUGCCCAGAAAGCUGAACUCAUAGCCCUAAUUGAAGCCUUGAAGUGGGCUGAAGGGAAAAAGGUUACCAUCUACACCGACUCUAAAUAUGCCUUCUUAACUGUACAAGUACAUGGGGCCCUUUAUCGGGAAAGAGGAUUUCUGACUGCAGAAGGCAAGGAGGUGGCACAUGCCCCUGAAAUUCGCCAAUUACUGGAAGUCAUUUGGAAGCCUGCACGAGUAGCUGUAAUCCAUUGUCGAGCCCACACAAGGAAAGCUAACCCUGUGGCUAGAGGAAAUGCUAGAGCUGAUAAGGCUGCCAAAGAAGCCGCCUUGGAAUCUUUGCCCAAGACAAACAAUAUAAUGACUAUUUCGUUACCCUCUCUGACUCAGGUCCUGCAAUAUACCCAGGAAGAAAUUGAGGAAAGUCAGAGACAAAAUUAUACCCGUCAACGGGGCUGGUAUGUUCUUACUGAUGGCAGGGUUUGGGUACCCCAAAGGUUGGCCCGUACAGCUGUUUUCCAUAUGCACAAUCAAUGCCACCUAGGAAAAGAGGCAGUCCGACACUUAAUUGAGAAGACUAUGUUUAUUGAUAAACUUGCUUCCCUGUGCACUGAAGCGUCUCGACGAUGUGUAACUUGUGCCCGAAGCAAUCCCCGAAGAGGACCCGUCCCUGAACCAGGCCAGAUUCUCCGGGGAAGUCGUCCGUUUCAAGUGAUCCAGGUGGACUUCACCCAUAUGCCACCAGCCAGGGGCUACAAACUUUUAUUAGUGACUGUAUGCACCUUUUCCCGAUGGGUUGAGGCCUGGCCAGUCCGGUCUGAAGGAUCCAAGGGAGUAGUAAAGCAUUUACUUGAGGACAUCAUCCCCAGGUACGGGUUGCCCCAACAGAUUAACAGUGACAACGGCGCAGCCUUCCAAGCUGAAGUGACAGAAAAACUCAGCAGAGCUCUUGGAGUGGACUGGAAACUCCAUUGUGCCUGGAGACCUCAGAGCAGCGGAGCGGUCGAGCGAGCCAAUCAGACCCUUAAAUUGCACCUCAGGAAAAUGUGCGCUGAAACAAAGACUAAAUGGAUCCAGAUGCUGCCGGUGGCUUUGUUACACAUGAGAUGUACACCUGGAGCUAAUGGUCUCACCCCAUAUGAACUGGUUUACGGGAGGCCACCACCUUUGCCUGUGGCAGUGGAUACCCUGGCACUAAGGGGGAAAAUAAACCUGAAGCGCAUUUUAAGGGAGUUAAACCGAACCGUUCUAAAGAUAGGUCAAUACACAGAACAGAGCCCCUUGGGACUCACCACCCCUGUCCACGGAUUCCGUCCUGGAGAUACAGUAUGGGUCAAAAGUUACAAGGAAGAUGCAUUGGGAAAAGUUUGGGAAGGGCCUUUUAUUGUCUUAUUAACUACCCCUACUGCCUUAAAGGUUGAAGGGAACCCUACCUGGAUCCACUGGAGUCGCGCUAAAAUAGCCUCUCCGGAAGGAUGGACGAUUGCCAACCAGAGAGGCCUAAAGAUGACCCUGAGAAGGGAUGCCACCACGUGGGACGCGACGGGAGAAGCCUCCUCGGGACCGGCAACCGAGAGAGCGAAAUAG